CAAAGCGAAGUGUCGGGUUGGUCGCGAACGGUCGCAUUUUAGCGUUUGUUCCGCGGCGGUGGAGAUUUUCCGGAAAAAGGGCAUCCUUCUUCGGGUGGUUCACGUGUGAGACGAUUUGAAAUCCGGUGUGACUCAAGUCGCUGACUGUUCGGAGAGAUGAUCUCAAGCGUUGUUCGAAUAAUUGGUUGCUGAUGUGUCCGGUGACGACAGGACAGGAAGAAGCUUGUACCGUGGAAGAUUUGAGAGUCUGCACCACAAAAACACGCCAUAAUUGGGGAAAAAUUGCUUCGAGUGGAGUCAAACGACGCACCGCAUCGGAUUGUUCCAUCCAUCACAGACACGCAGACAAACACACACCCGGCUUAUAAAUAAAUCUCCUGUUCGGUUCGGGGUGAACGAAUAGAAAUAUUUUCCGCAUCACUCAAUCGACGGCAAUAAAAAUACGAUUAGCAAGUUCAUAACCGAAGAAGGAAGAGAGCGUGGAAAUUCAGUGUUGCGAGCAUGAUUGCCAUGAACCAGAACUACGUAGUCCUGAUUUGGUACCUGAUCAUGGUGCUAGUUUUGAUUUAUCUGUUUGCGUUCUCGCAGUAAGACGCGAGAGCAAUUGAUUGGAAUUUUCGAAAUGGCCCCACUAAGUCACGGUUUGUUAGGAUAGUAGCGGAGAGCUAGGCUUCAGAAUUGUUUUUUUUUUUGUGAGGAAAGAUCAGAUUGAGUUUUUUGCCAUGAAUUUUCAUCGAUACUUACACAUUCACACUUGCACUCACAUGACACAAUUUGUACAAGUAUAGUUUUAGAAGGUAGGCGUUUUGGAAUCGAUUAUAGAGUUUGGUUUUCUACGGUCUAGAGGUUGAAUUACAAUAAAUCAGGUUCCUGUAUUCAUAUUUAAGUUAGAAGUUUAACCCGAUUUAUCAAACGGGCGCGAAUAAUUUCACGUGCAACAACGGUUUAGAGUAGAAUAGUAACAUUCCUAUCGGAGGAUUACUGAGAAAAGACACUAAACUCACCAUUUUUAGACACACUUCUUUAGUGUUGAAGCCGAAGCGAAGACAGCAAAACACCAGAUUAAUGAUCAACUAUCGCUUGGCAAUUAGCUUGAAAUUAGAAUUUGCGCAUAUCGUAUUGCCGUCACUUUCGUCUUUACCGUGACGAAACGGUCACAACUGCUGCAUGCUGGAUUAGAUGCACGCAAUGCUGCCGCAGGCGUGAGGCCCAACCCAUCAGCCAAGAUAAUGGUUGGAAAAUUCGUUGUGUCGCAUGUAGGAAAAACGCACAGCCAACGGCCGAAUGCAAUAGUCACAUAAUUAAUAAUUUUAAUCUUCAUAUAUAAAUAACCAUGCACCGAGUCGCAGCAGCUAAGCUAAUGGCUAAGGCACAGCACAUAAACAAGCGACCGCACGAACCCCCGUUCAUCUAUCGUUACCCCGCGGGGUUUGCCAUUUCGCUGUCGGUUGAUCGCCGGACUUGUUGGUGGUCCCUGGAGAAUAAUCGCCAACCGGUGCUGGCUAGACUCGCGGCUCUCGUCAGUUGCUCGGAAGUCGUCUAGUUGUGCACAUCGUGCCGUCGCGUCGUCAGCGGUUGGUCAGUGUUGUCACCCGUUCAAAAGUGCCCUGCACUGGCCCCAAGUACGCCCCCGCUAGAAAGGGAAAAAUCCGAACGGAAAUGGCACUGAAACUGAAAGUGUAAAUAUUUUUGCGACAGUAUUUAUUGAAGGCUAAAAUAAGCCGAGUUUCGUAAGAAAAAAUAAGACCUUCUAAUAGUUCGGUAGUUCGGUUUUCACGAGCAUGGCCAAGGAUUUCGGUGCUUAAGCUGGCGUAGUUCGGUGGUGAAAAUUAUUGCACAAAUUAUACACACAUAUAUGCAGCAUCAUUUCCGCUUGCUUUUGAAGUGAACCUUUGGCGGUUUUUGCUAUUCAGCAACGUUUUCUCCGCAACCAAAACAUGAUGGUGCAGAUUUGAUCAUAUCACGAAACCUCCAACACUAUGGAUCUAACGCAGUCUCAGUACACCGUGCAGGCGCAGUACUCCUUCAAGGGGUCCAACAAUGACGAACUGUGCUUCAAGAAGGGCGACAUCAUCACACUGACCCAGCGCGAGGACGGCGGCUGGUGGGAAGGUACCUUGGGCGAUAAAACGGGCUGGUUCCCGAGUAAUUACGUCAAAGAGUAUGCCGGUCCACUGCCACUGUCGGAAACGAUACGGCCUCCGGAGGAGAUACAGGCCUUCCGUUCGGUGGUCUUCCGCGAUCUGUUAGAAAGCGAAAAGGCACAUGUCGCGGAGCUGCGGGGAAUGGUGGAGAACUUUUUGGAACCGCUGGAAAGUAGUCAAAUUUUAACACCGGACGAAUACACGCAAAUGAUGUGUAACUUUGUCGAAAUUGUCGAGAUGCAUGAGGAGUUUCUGCAGAAUCUGGAAGAUUCGAACGACCGCGUCGGAAAGGUGUUCCUAACCAAAGCACCCACCAUGAAAAAGAUUCACCAGUGCUACUGUGCUGCUCAUCCGCGGGCCAUUGUGAUAGUUGACAAGUAUCGAGAUGAAUUGAAUAGCUUCAUGGAGAAGCAGGGAGCUGCGAAACCCGGCCUGCUGGUACUGACAACUGGACUGUCUAAACCGUUUAGGCGGUUGGAUAAAUACUCGGCAAUUCUUCAGGAGCUGGAACGGCAUAUGGAAAGUUGCCACCCUGAUCGAGGGGACACCCAGCGCAGUAUUGCUGUUUACAAAGACAUUGCAUCGUCCUGUUCGGCAACCAGACGGCAGAAAGAGCUGGAGCUGCAAAUUCUGACAGGCCCCAUCCGAGGUUGGCAAGGACAAGAGCUAACCUCGCUGGGUGAAAUUAUCCACAUGGGCAGUGUGGCUGUUGGUCCCGAACACAAAGACCGCUAUUUUGUUUUGUUCUCCCAGACGCUGCUAAUUCUGAGCGUCAGUCAGCGAAUGAGUGCGUUCAAAUACGAGGGGAAACUUCCACUAACCGGAAUCAGUGUGAACCGGUUGGAGGAUACAGAUCAAAUUAAGAAUGCCUUCGAGAUCACCGGAACGUUGAUCGACCGCAUCGUAGCCGUCUGUCAGGGGCCGAACGAGGCGAACAAAUGGGUUGAUCUGUUGAAUGCGAAAGUGAAUCCCACCGCGGAUGGUCCAACCGGCAAAGACCUGAAAAGGAUAGUCAGCAGCUCGGCGAUGAGUAUUCCCCAGCCGCCACCACAUAGCAAAGAAACGCUCGACGCGCGUGGCUACAGCACCCGUGUCUCCGUAUGUGCAUACAGUCAGCCGACACUCGACUACCGACCGACGUAUCCACCGUACUCCUAUCCGCCGACGGCUCCGUACGCCGCUUUGACGACCUUUUUUCGGCGUCUGUUCAGAAGUGGUGCGAUGUCCCGAUACAUCGUGCAAGCAUUACUGUAUCCCCAGGUUACGCAGACGAUCGACACCAGUGGCGUUGUGUUGAGGCGAAAACAUCGCACCACCGUUCGGAUGUAUCGCCGUGAGCUGGAAAUAAAACAACGUGAGGGUGGUGAAGCAGAGGAGGAGGACGAGGACAGUGGCAGUGGCUCCUGUACAUCGUCGUGUUCGGCCAAAUCGAAGGGCCUAGAACGACAGGAUGCAAUCGAUUACGGGGAUGAAGAUCCGUACGAAACGAUCACUUUUCUUACCGGUGCUCGAAAAAGUGAAAGUACCGCAAGGGAGCUCACGAUCUACGAAAGCUACGUCGGUCCUGCAGAUGCAGACGAAAGGGAUGAGUCGUUUUUCUUUAUUCCGCCUGGCAGCGACCAAGCGGCGAGUGAGGAGAGAAAGAGUGCCGAGAGCCAAGGAUCGUUUAUGAUCGGAUCGCGGCCGAUUCCUUGUCUACAGUUGAAUGAUUGCGAUCUGGAAGGGGGUAACACUAACAUGGGUUCCGGUGAAACGGGUUCGAUUCAUACGACCACAGCCCGGUUAGCACUUGGCGACAUUCGGCAACAGUGCUCGGAGCAAUCUCAAGUAUCUAGUUUUGAACAUAGAAUAGUAGGACAUGGUGAUAUGGCGUGUGAGGAUUUGUUGAAUUUGGAUGAUUCCAUGAAAAUAAAAAAUUCGCUUCAACAGAAACCAAUAAUCGAGGAAAGGCACAGCAUGCCUACUCUUUUUGUGGGAAAUCGGUUCGCUAGUUCUUCGGUGACUGAGAUCUAUAUUCCCUCGUGGAAGGACAGGCAGGAAGUUCAACAGCAGCAGCAACAGAAAGCCGCUGAAACCACAGCUGCUGUCAGUGAUCGUGUCAGUGUACAUUCCAGUUCGCUCGAGAUUCCAGCCGCUGAAGCAGCUCUCUCCGUGCCGGAUCAAAUUUCAGCCGAGCUGCUGUACAAUUUUGGCAGUUCAUCAUCAACCUGUUCGUCACAAGAUUCGGCCACAAAGGUUCUCACACCGCCGCUGGAAUUUCGCAACGAAGCCCCGCCGAUCGUCGUCGGUUGUUUGUCCCGUGAAGUAACACCAUUCCGUAAGCAUUCAAUUAAUUCCGAUAAAAAACUUCUGCUAAACCAAACUAAUCUCAAAAAGGACAAAAAUGGCGAUCCAGCAGCCGGAACGGUGGUUGGCAGGCGGUGUGUGAGUUAUCAGUUUAUGAACAUGGGUCAAACCGACGUUAGCAGCGGUAGUAAGGAAGAGGAAGGUGACGAAGAUAGCGGUCACCGACGGCAAGCGCAACAACAAGCGCAUAGCAAAUGCCGAUUUUGUAGCACCAGUGCCGGCUCGCGGUGCCACAGUCCCCGGUCGAGCGAUUCAGGUAUGGCCGGCAGUCUAACGAUAUCCUCACCCGAUCCUCCUAAAUUAUCUGGCGAUUUUCUCCUUUAUGAUUCAGACCACCACGAGCCGAACGGAAUUCGACGUGACGUUGAUAUCGAUCCUGAUCACUCCGUUGCGAGUGAUCAUUCGAAGGGAACGAUUAACCGAAUGCUGCGACAUUCGCACUCGAGCCACAAUAUUGGCCAUUUCGCCACGCUACGGAACAGUGACAGUGAGUUCAAUUUCACUGAUAGUGGUCAGUUCGAUCAUAGUCAUCCCUUUCACGACGAUCCUUAUCGGAACAAUACCCUGCAGAGCGUGGAUUCCGAGCUGAUGGACCCGUCGUCUAAGUUUUCAAUGCGAAGUCGCAGCGAGGAACGUCGUUCUAGUGAUGAGGAAAGCGAAAGCACCGACCGCGGCAGCAAGGGAAGACCGAAACGGUACAUAGGCCGAAGCAGGAUAGUGAUAAAUUUGCACGGCUACCGGAGCCAAACGGUCGAGCCGGAAAGCACGAUCUACAAGACUGGACUGUAUGCACAUUGGUGGAAGAAGGAACGAUUGCCGAUUUUUGUCGUUGGCCACCAGGAGGAGGGAGAUGCUGUUGACCGCCGGAGAGAGGCGAAAGAGAGCGAGAGCAGCGCUGGUAGCAGCAGCAGUGUCCAUCCUUUUGGGUCCGACCGGGGUUCAGAUGUCUCCGCCAACUGCGACCGGCAGCAGCCAUCCCUCCCGGGGCAGUUCCAUCACACAGCACAUGUCGCAACACAAACGCAGCCAAUCGUUCAAUCAUCAUCUGAGCUACAAUCAGAUGCAGCACCAACAGCAGCAGCAGUCCCAAAAGCAGCACCUGCUGGCCAACUUCGCCAAUCGAGCAGCCAGCGAGCAAAACCAGCAUCCACCGGCGCCAAACCUAAAGGGUAUCAAGGAAAAAGCUAAUUGGAGAAUCACCAAUCUUCGUCCCGCGGCACCCUUCCGACCGGCAAUACUGAAUGGUACUGGUGGCGGCGGUGGUGGUGGUGGUGUUAGUGGGGGCGCAGGAGGAACGGGUUCAAGUGGUACGGGAGCAGGAACAGGAGGUGGCAGCGGAAGUGGUAGCAUCAGCCUCACCGGAUCCGGCAGCGUUCAUCACAGUUUGUCACUCAGCGCGGGGGGCGUGAAGGUGCCACCCACGUACGAGGAGGACGCUCUGGUGCUGCGUGUCAU